AUGAUCCGUCGAGGUAAACGGAGCAAGCUCAAGGUGAUCAAUCCCAAGAAGCGGACCAAGGCGAGCGUGCUGGACAAUGACGAGCUCUCGACGACUCCGCUAAGCGACUGGCUGCCGUCGGCUCUGGCAGACUUGCUGGGCUUUGAUCCUGGGCCAGAGCUCCCUGGCUACCUGGCCGAGUUUAGCGACAAAGAGGCCAUUGCUGCUUAUCUGGCUGCUCUUAUUGACGUCUCACCCUCCGAUCCGCGCAUCGAUGCCUUUGCAAACAGCCUCAUGGCCCGUAUCACCAUCAAGUCCGCUGCAUCGUCGUCGGCUGACCAUGCGCCCGCGGGUGGCAACCCGGCGCAGAGUGGCGGGGUGGCUGCGGGUGGCGAGAUGGCUGCGAGUGGCGAGAUGGCUGCACGUACCGACGCAGCUGCACGUACCGACAAGCCGCAAGCGGCGACAACGCUGAGUCUUGACUCAAAGAACGCAGCAUCGUCGCAGUACAGCAGGAAGAAGGGCUCAGUCCGUGGUGGGCUCGAGCUGCUGCGGCAGCUGCCAGCGCAUUUGCGGACGGCGUCGGGCGCGUGCGGAUGCCAGGCCCGGGUCCACGGACUUCUUGCCAACUGUCUCAAGUGCGGCAAGAUCGUAUGCGAGGCCGAGGGCUGGGGCCCGUGCGCACACUGCGGCGAGGCCGUCGGCUCGCGCGGGCAGAUCAAGCGCGACUCGAACAAGGUGCGUCGAAGGGUGGCCCGGGCUGAGGCUGAGCGCGCCGAAGCGCUCAAGGCUGCUCAGGCCCGGACGGCCAAGCUGCUCCAGCAAGAGCGCGAGUACGCGGUCCGCAACAAGAUCAUCGACGACCAGGCCGACUACUUCCAAACCUCCAACGUGUGGCUCUCGCCGGCUGAGCGCGCCGCAGUGACCAAGCGUGCUGCGGCGGUCGAGGAUGCCAAGAUUGAGGCCCGCGACCGGACCAAGAUGCGGACCACCAUCACCUUUGACCUCGCUGGGCGCAGGGUCCUGGUCACCAACCCGGGCGCGUCGGCGCGGGUCCCGGCAGCCGAGAGUGAGAUCCACGACCCGCGCGCGCUGCGGCCGGUUGAGGAGACUGCGCCGCACGGCAACGUUGAGCUCCUCUCGUACGCUGGUACAUACCGCAACCCAACACUCUCCAGGCCACCACCCAUGUUUGUGGCUCCCGACUACCGCGACAAGCUCAAGGCCGCCGCACGCGACGCCGUCGCUGAACAGCAACGCGCUCGGCGACAUGGCGUCCUGCAGCACGACGACUACUUUCCCAUUCCCAUGGUGGCCGGCAACCCGAACCUGCUCCCGCCGCCGGUCGAGCCCGAAGAGGCGGCCAAGGCUGCCGCCAUCGCCGCCGCCAACUCGCCAUUUGCGCGCACCAAGGCCGAAAAGGACCGCGGCAUGGCGCUCUCGAUGCACCAGCCGUGGGCCUCGCUCCUUGUCGCCGGCAUCAAGCGGGUGGAGGGCCGGACGUGGCGCUCAGACUUUCGCGGGCGGCUCUGGAUCGCCUCAACUGUCCGCGAGCCGACCGACGAAGACAUCGCCGAGGUCGAGGGCCAGUACGUCGGUUCGACCGACAUUCCGUUUCCGGCCUCGUACCCGACCGCAGCCCUCCUCGGUUGCGUCACCGUCACCGACGUUCUCUCCCACGACGAGUACGUGGCGUCGGCGUCCGACGAGGUGCGCGAAGACAACUCGUCGCCGUAUGUCUUUGUGUGCGCCAACCCGCGCCUCCUCACCGUCCCAAUCGCCAUCUCGGGCGACCACAAGAUCUGGAAGCUCGACGCGCACUCACACGCCGCCGCCCUGGCCAAUCUUGAAGACGACGACGGCGACGGCGGGAGUGACGACUGAGCUACUGGGCAAUGCGAUGCAUAAAGGUACAUUUAGAGCA